GUGUUUCACGUCUAAGCGCUCAGCCACAGGUUAAUCUGCGUACAAAGCGACGAAGGCCGCUUAUUGGACCUCACAAUCAAACGUCCUUGUUUGCGAUCUACCCGCCUCGACUGCGUACUCUUGAGGAUAUUUUUGGACGGUUGAGGACGUCAUAAGAGGCGGUGCUGCAGAAAAUGGUGAAUGUGCGCGUUUUGGGAUUGGCUUUUUUCUUCUUGUUGGUUUGGACUGUCGUUGUUCUUCUUUUGGGUCUGUCUUAACUCACAUUUUGAGAGACAAGGGUUUUGUCUAUGGUCGCAGUGACCAGCUUUGAAGGCGGAUCGGCGAAGUGAGACUUGGAUAUUUUUCUCCACGAUUCCUACCAAUCUGCCUCGAAGCAAGAGUCUCACACAUCAUAAUGGCUGAAGUAUUCGGCGGGAAGAAUUGCACCAUCGUGCCCGACACAGUCCAACCCGACGCAGGCGUCGCAGGUCCAGGAGUCCUCCUCUCCUUCAUAAUAACCAACUUCCUCUCCCUCGCCCUCAGCGCCACCAUCAUCCUCCUCAACCUCCGCUCCUCGACCUCGGCCCUCAUCCCGCGCAAACUCCUCCUCUCCUUCUCCGACCAGCAAAUCCUCACGGGAAUCGGCAUCCAGUGCGUCGCCCUGGCCAAAAUGCACCACAUGGUGCCCUACCACUUCUUCAUCGUCUGGCUCCUCUCUCUACUAUCCACCGCAACGAAUCUGGCAACCUUGUUGGCGCUCGUGAAUGAUUUCCGCAGAGACUGGGUCCUCAGGUGGUUGAGGCAGGUCCUCAUGAUCGGGAACCUGGGGUUGCAGUGUUUGAGCGGGGUUUUUGUAUUACAGAGCGUGAUGCGCGAUUUGGAGCCUAGGUUGCCGAUUGCGUGUGUUUGGGACGUAGGGUCGAGGGGAGGGCCGAGGGGGAAUGCGGCGAUUAGUAUUGCGGGCACGAUUGCCGUUAUUGUGGGGAAUGUGGUUGUGUUUGUGCUGAGUACGUGGUAUUUGCAUACGAGGAAGAACCCCAGGUGGAUGAAGAGUGUGCAGGUUGUGGGGCUGGUGAUGUUGGUGGCUAUGGGGAUUGGGGCGACGGUGAGGGUUGUGAGGGAGAGUUCGGCGUUUGGGAAGCCGCCUGAGGGGGUGAGAUUGGUGGGGGAUGGGGAGAGGGAGUGGAGUUAUGGGCAGUUGUUGCCGUUGCUGUUGUUGGUGUUGCCAUUGGUGAGUGCGUUGGAAAUUGUGAGGGGUGAAGUGGCUGUGCCGCGGAAGCAGGGGGAGGAUGAUGAGGAGGUGAUGCCGCUUGUGGAGCAGUUGAAGAGGUAG